GCAUCCUGAAGGAGCAUCGGGCAGAGAGCAGAUGCAUCUGGAAGGGAUGAGCUCCCACGUGGCUGUUGCCAAUGCGGGGCGUCCUGCUGCGGUGAAGCGGGCCAAGAUCCAAUUCUGGGAGGAUGGCCCCGCGACACAGCGUGACUACAAAAUGCCAGAGGUCACCGCCAAAGAGCGAGUUGCCGUCUGGGAUGCGGUGGCCGUCUACGUCCAGGAGCAGCUCCUGCUACGCAAGGGGGUCCGAAUUCCCACCUUCGGUUCCUUCAGCAUCGUCUCCGAACGGAUUGAGGCUGAGGAUGGAGCCAUGACUCUGCAGUGGCCUGCGUUUUGCCUGGCCAGGAACCUUGCGGGCAUCCACAACCUGAUGGAGAGCUACCCACCAGGCCAUAAGGAGGUGCAGCCCCUCAAGUACACUGAGGUGGCCGCGGCCGCAUCUGUGACCUGGCAGACUGGGAAGGCCUGCAUAUUUGGCACCACGUCCCUCGUUUCCCACUGCCUGAGGAAGGGGGAGAACAUUGCCUUUGUCCUGAAGGACAUAGGAGUGCUCCUCAUCGAGGGAACGAGAGUUCAGAUGAAGUUCUACUACGACUUCCUCGAGAGGAUCAGCGGGAAAGAGAACCUAGAGAAAGUUGUUUUCAAGGUGCCCCGGCUGCGAGGACAUGGUGGUGUCCCGGGUGGCAGCUGUAGCCUCCCUGACGUCCUGUGGCCGAGUCAUCGUCUUUCCCAGGCAAAAAUAGGUGAUGUGACCGUCUGCCUGUUUCGACGGGAGUUUGUACCCAAACCACCACCCAGGACAGCCCGCAAGGCCUGCCAUGUCCCAUUGCCACCUCUUGACCAGGGCAAGAAAGAGGAACUUCCUGAAUUGCCACCCCUCCCCAGCUGGAUCCGCGUUACCUUUCUAGUGGAAAAACAGCCUGAGAAGGAAACAAGCGAUGUCAAGAAGAAGGCCAGGUGA